GUUGCUUCCGGGUUUGCUUUAUUUUCCCUGACGUUCAGGUAGAUUCUUUGUUGUUUUGAGUUAUUGGAUAUUUAUUUCAAAAUGAACCGAAUUUUCGGCCGAGGAAAACCGAAGGGACCACCACCAAAUCUCACAGACUGCAUAGGGAAUGUUGACUCGCGAGCGGAAUCUAUUGACAAGAAGAUUGCCAGACUAGAUGUUGAACUGGUCAAGUACAAGGAUCAGAUGAAGAAGAUGAGAGAUGGCCCUUCAAAAAACAUGGUCAAGCAGAAGGCGAUGAGGGUACUGAAGCAGAAAAGAAUGUACGAGGGCCAGAGAGACAACCUCACACAGCAGUCUUUCAACAUGGAACAGGCUAACUACACAAUCCAAACUCUCAAAGACACAAAAACAACAGUUGAUGCCAUGAAAAUUGGAGCCAAAGAGAUGAAGGCGGCCUACAAGAACGUGAAGAUCGAUCAGAUUGAGGAUCUCCAAGACCAGCUGGAGGACAUGAUGGAGGACGCCAACGAGGUGCAGGAGGCGAUGAGCAGAAGCUACGGGACGCCAGAGAUCGAUGAUGAUGACCUGGAAGCAGAGCUGGAUGCCCUGGGAGAUGAGCUCCUGCUUGAUGAUGACAGCUCCUACCUGGAUGAGGCCAGCACUGCCCCCUCCAUCCCAGAGGGAAUACCCAGUGACAGGGCACCAAACCGGGAUGGAGUUCUGGUGGAUGAAUUUGGCCUGCCACAGAUCCCUGCUACAUAAUAGCAGGCAGAAACCAAUGGCAACACUCCCAACUCUUUUUUGUUGUUGUUUGUUUUUAAUGUAUAGCCUUUUUACAACAUAUACACUGAGUAUACCAAAUAUUAGGAACACCUUCCUAAUAUUGAAUUGCGUGCCCCCUCCACAUACCCAAUCCCCCCCCCCCCCCAAAAUAAAUCAUUCUUCAACCUGUCUCCUCCCUGGAUUCACCAUGAAAGAGGCUGCUUUGUAUACUCAGUGUAUAUCCGACUGACAUGCAUUGCAUGGUGGUGGACAGAGAAAAACAACUUGCCUUAAUUAGGUUACCUUGAUUGAAUAACUGAUAAUGUCAAAAAUAUAAAUCAAAAAUUGAUAGUGAUGCUUGGCUAUGUUCAAAAUUAUUGUUCUUUGUAUGAACACAUGUACUUUUUUCCCCCUCCAAGGUGAUUCUUGGUAUUUAGAUGUUCUAACUUUCUACUGCAGCACUGUAUUGCCAACUACCAAUAAAUAUACAUGUAUUAUAUA